GACUCCUCAGGUGGCGGCGUUUGCAGUCGGGCUACGGAGGCCGGGUAGCCAGAUUACGGGAAAGUAUUUAAGAAGCUUGUGGAAUGAUAUGAUUCAGAGUAAUAUUGGAUCUACAAGAAGUCCCUCAAGAUAGUUGGAAAAGAAGAAUUUCUAGACUCUUCAUCAAGAUCUUCAUUUACACAGUGGUUAAAUCCAAGGCUCCUGUGGUAAAAUCAUGAAUAAAAAUACACCUGCUGUGGUAUCAUCCAGUCUACUUGAAAAGGAUCCUGCCUUUCAGAUGAUUACAGUUACCAAGGAAACGGGCCUUGGUCUGAAGAUCCUUGGAGGAAUUAACCGGAAUGAAGGUCCCUUGGUAUAUAUUCAGGAAAUUAUUCCUGGAGGAGACUGUUACAAGGAUGGACGUUUGAAGCCAGGAGAUCAACUUGUCUCAAUAAACAGGGAAUCUAUGAUUGGUGUAUCCUUUGAAGAAGCAAAAAGCAUAAUUACUAGAGCCAAGUUAAGGUCAGAAUCUGCUUGGGAGAUAGCCUUCAUAAGACAAAAAUCGGAUGGCAGUCAUCUAGAAAAUCCAUCUUGUACAUCCCUUUUACAAGCUUCAGGAGAAUAUGGACCACAAGCCUCAACAUUUAGCCUUCUUCCUUCUCCCCCUGAAAUACUAAUUCCAAAGACCUCAUCUACUCCCCAAACUACAGAUACCAUUUUAUCUUCUUUUAGGAGAAAUCAGAUAAAAACUGGAUACAAGAAAACAGAACAGACUCCAAUUACUUCUUCAGAAAACAGCCCUACGGAUAUGUCUAAUACAGAUAUUGCCCCUGCCUGGACUGAUAAUUAUGGACCACAAGGAAAGAAGAUUUCCCUAAAUCCUUCUGUUCGCCUUAAGGCAGAGAAACUGGAAAUGGCUCUAGAUUAUCUUGGUAUUCAGCCCACAAAGGAACAACACCAAGCCCUGAGACAGCAAGUGCAAGUAGACCCAAAGGGGACAGUGUCUUUUGGAGAUUUUGUCCAGGUUGCCAGAAACUUGUUUUCCUUGCAGUUGGAUGAAGUAAAUGUUGGUGAAUGCGAAAUUUCCAACAUACUAGAUUCACAGCUUCUUCCCUGUGAUUCCUUAGAGGCAGAUGAAAUGGAAAGGCUUAAGCGUGAAAGAAAUGAUGCCUUGGAGGAAGUGAAUACACUCAAGGAAAAACUAUUUGAAUCAGAAAGGCAAAAGAAACAGUUGACAGAAGAACUCCAGAAUGUGAAACAAGAAGCCAAAGCUGUUGUUGAAGAAACCAGAGCCCUGCGAAGUCGGAUUCACCUUGCCGAAGCCGCACAGCGACAGGCACACGGAAUGGAAAUGGACUAUGAAGAAGUGAUCCAUCUGUUAGAGGCCGAGAUCACAGAUCUAAAGGCUCAGCUUGCUGAUUAUUCGGACCAAAAUAAAGAAAGUGUUCAGGAGUUAAGAAAGAGAAUCACAGUGCUCGACUGCCAGUUGCGAAAAUCGGAAAUGGCUCGAAAAACUUUUGAGGCAUCCACUGAAAAGCUUCUUCAUUUUGUAGAGACUAUUCAAGAAUUACUUUCUGAUAAUUCUUAUCCUUUAUCAAAUUUAAGUGAAAGAAGAGCUUUGUUAGCUUCUCAGACUUCCCUCACACCCCUGGGAAGGAACGGACGUAACAUCGCAGCAACACUGGCACUUGAAUCUAAGGAACUUGUUAAAUCUGUUCGGGCCAUACUUGAUAUGGAUUGUCUACCUUAUGGGUGGGAGGAAGCUUACACAGCAGAUGGAAUCAAGUACUUCAUCAAUCACGUAACACAGACGACAUCCUGGAUCCAUCCCAUGAUGAGUGCACUGAACCUGUCUUGCUCAGAGGAAAAUGAAGAGGACUGUUCCAGAGAACGUCCUGAUCGAAGAGUUGAUGGUCUUCUGUAGGAAACAGAGCUCCAAGGUCUCUAACUUCUCAGUCUACAUGGAUGACUCCAACAUGCAAUGGUCUAAAAUAGGAGUAAAGCACACACUACUUAUUGAAGUUCUAAAAUGGAGACUCUGGGUUUAGUCUACUUUUGUAAGACUUUCUUUUUUUUUUUUUUUUGGACUGUGAUGAGCAUUUUUUUUAUU